GCUGAAUUUUAAGUGUAAUUUUAAAAUUAAAUCAGAUGGUAUGAGUCGGGUCGAAAAUUAUCCGCAAAAUUGUAAAGGAUGUUAUAUGUUGCUAAUAUUUAUUGUGUCUAUAUAAUUUGAAACUCAUUAGUUAAGCGUAAAAGUUUAUAUGAUAUCACUCAAAAACGAUCAGACACUUUAGGUGAACAUGGUUGUGCUAAAUUUAACUGUGUGGAUAUUAUUUGGAUUUAUAACUUCUACAUUAUUGAGCAAGCAUUGUCCACCACAAUGUCAAUGUCGAGACAAUGUGGUUUUGUGUGGAGAUAUUCCUAUCUCGGAAGUUCCCUUACAUACUGGAGUGACGGAAGUCCAACUGACCGAUCUUGACCCGAGUCGGCUGUUUAUGGAGGUAUUCAUGCAGAAUACGCUAUGGACACACAUACAUUCACUGGACAUAACAUGCGCAAGUCAAACACAACUAUUGAACCGUGUGUUUAUGGGAUUAGGAAAUCUCACAAAACUAUGUUUCCAUAGUAAGAAUUUGAUUCACAUGGAGAACGACGUAUUCCAAGGACUAGAUUCUCUGAAAGAGUUAGAUUUCUCUGGACAAAAGCGCCUGUUCCUUAAUGACCUAUUGCCAAGUUUAAGAAACUCAGACUUGGUCCAUCUUGAAAAGAUAACACUGUCAUACAUACAAACAUCUUACGCAGAAACUAUAGAUCUUGGAAUGGAAUUCUUCAGUAACUUGAGCGGAAGUGGGGAGAGAAAUAUCAAGUAUGUUGAUAUAUCUAAUGUGAAAAUUGGUAAAUUUGACAUAGCCUCGAUUUUAAAAGCAGGUCUGUGCCAGUCGUUAGAAGAAUUUAUUUUAAGGUAUAAUCAUUUCCAAAACUUUUACAAUGGUUUAUUUCUUACUUCGUGUGAAAGUUUAAAAAUCUUGGACAUUAGCCAUUCAUUACUUCCACAUUUGUUUGACUUCCUUCUUAAAGACGUAGACUUCUUUUGCCAGGCUAUCAGCUUCUUUUUCAAUAUCGAAGAGAUAUACAUGGGUUCCAUGGUAGUGUCUGCUCCUAUCAGGGAGACAUCGGAACUUCAUUUGAAAUACUGUCCAUUGCGGCUUCGGAAGGUGUCUUUUGCUAACAGUCGCUUAGAGUUCAUUAACAUUUCUAUUCCUGAUAUAAAUAAUAUUAUGAUAGAAAGUUUAAGCUGGAUUGAUGUAUCCGGGAACCAGAUUGAAUAUAUAUCACCAGGAUACUUUUCACCAUCAGUAAACUUAAAAUAUUUAAAUCUAUCUUAUAACAACCUUGGAAAAAUGCAGACGUUACAUGCCCAUGACUUUGAAAUCUUUUUGUUGAACAACAAUGAACUUCGUUUCCUUGGCUUAGCUGGAAACAACAUUGACAAGUUGCCAUUGCUUACACUACAAAAUAAAAGCAAACUGGUGAAAUUGGACUUGUCAGACAACAGAUUGGUGGAUGUGAACUUUAAUGUGGAUCAUCUUAAGAGUUUGCGAUCACUCAAUUUAAGCAACAACAGGAUAGAGUCAUUGAGCAUAGUUUCAAUGCGUGCGCUUGAGCUUAUGUCUGAAGCAAACGGAUCCUUGCGUCAUCUCGAUAUAUCCGGUAACCCAUUUGUGUGCUCUUGUGAAGGAAAAGACAAGGAAACAGUAGAAUUGAUCAGAAAACUAUCGGGAACAUUAAUUCAUGGUUCUAUAAAUAAGUAUGUAUGUCGCCUAAAUGGGAAGAAAAAAGCCUUUCUCGAAGCGGAGGAUUAUGCAUCUGUUUUGAACUAUUGCAAAGUACAAAAGAUUAAAGCCAUUGUUGUUAUAGUUGUUCCAUUACUUGUUGUUUUGGGGAUUGUGUUUGUGACCUCGUUUCUUCUCGUGAGACAAAAAAGGCGGAGACAGUUGGCAAGACAAAAUUUAUUUGACAAUAUUCAAAUGGGUCAAUUUCGAAAAAAGUAUCUUGUUUUUCUGUCAUAUUGUUCGGAGGAUGCCGACCUGGUUGAAAGCAAUAUCAGACCUGGUGUUAGAGCAGGUCUUCGGGAAUUGACGCAAUAUGGGGGUGAGUUGGUGUGCUCUGGCGAUCUCAGUUUCAGACCAGGGUUUCAGAUAGGGGAAGAAAUAAUAAGGUGUAUAGAGGACUCGGCCGUUACAAUAAUUGCGGUGUCUAAUUCAUUUUGCACUAAACAGUGGUGCAAAAGGGAGGUUCAGAAGUCCUACGAUCAAAACAAUCCUAUGAUUAUUCUUCUUCUUGAACAUGUGGAAUCAAACGUGAUGGGUAAAGUUCUUACGAAGUUGUUUAAACGGUUUGCGCAUGCGUCAUGGAUUGCUGACGAUGAUGGAGGUCACAUUGAACCCGAUUGGUCCAUACUUUGCCAGUCAGUUGUUGAUCUUGCUACACGAAAUAACUACUAAACCAUCACCAGUUGUUGACAUAUUUAUGUAUCCAAAUUUUUUACUUCAGCUGUGUUUUAACUUACGAAAGCAAAGAAGUCUCACUCACAGUUAUUCUGUUUAUCUUGUUAUUGUCCGGAACCAGAUUGUCCAAGUUCUAGAGCGAUACUAUUACGACAGAACGAUUUUCUAAGCAAAAUACCCAUGCAAUAUGUCAUUUUAGAUUUUGUAGUUUGACGCAGAAUUUCGAUUAACUCUUAUAAAUAGUUUGCUAUGUUGUUUAAUAGACUAGUAUUACUUUAUACCGCCUUGUAACGUUACGAAAUUCUAGUAGUCAUGUCUGUUUUUGAAUCACAUUUUCCCAUUGUUUCUCUCUUAUUAAAAGUACGUCGAAUCCGUCUUAUGAUGGUCACUAUAGGGCCUAAAAUAAGAUAGUAAUUAAUUUACCAACCACCAACCGAAAUGAUUGGCUCAACUCUAAUUAUUUUGUAUAUAAUUAGCUUUCCCCCCGUGUUUUUUUCCCUGGAAACGUAUCUAUUACUGUUCUAAUACAUGUUUUGUUUUGUUUUGUACUUGUUCGAUCACAAAAUUUAUAUUGUGUUAGAUAACGCUUUGUUUUAA